AAUGCAAGUACCUCGUUAAGAUUCUUACAUUAAUUUAUUAUAUUGUAGGAGUCUAAACUCUUAUGCUAUACCCAACUCUCAUUGAAACAACACAUCUUAUUUUUGUUUCAAUAUUGAAUUAUACAAAUUAAACAGCCUUAAAUUUCACGUUAUUUCAAUUCAUAAAGGAUCAAUAUAAGGGAAUCAAGAGCCAACACUAAUUUAUUUGUUUAGUUCCAAAAAUAUUACAAGUCCUAUAUAGUCUUAUUUAUGAUCAGAGGAAUCAAAGAGCUAAAACAACAUUUCAUUGUUUAGUUGCAAAAAUAAUCAAUGAAGCCAAACUUUGUGUUUUCACUUCUCAUUACUCCUUUGUUUCUAUUAACCCUUCAUAGCAAUGCUAAUACUGCCACAUAUAUAAUCCACAUGAACAAAUCUUUCUCUCCUAAAGUCUUCACAACUCAUCAUGAAUGGUUUAAAUCCACCAUUAAUUCCUUAAAAUCAAAAACAUUACUACUUGAUGAUCAUGAUUAUCAAUCACAUAAGAAACUAGUUUACACCUAUGAUAAUGCCAUGUAUGGUUUUAGUGCAGUGUUAUCUUCAAAUGAGUUGGAGACUCUUAACAACAUUGAUGGUUUUGUUGCAGCAUAUCAAGACAGAACUGCAACCAUUGACACCACACAUACCUUUGAAUUUCUUUCCCUAGAUUCUCCAAGUGGACUAUGGCAUGCUUCAAAUUUCGGAGACGAUAUCAUUGUUGGUGUUAUUGAUUCUGGUGUUUGGCCAGAGAGUCAAAGCUUUAAAGAUCAUGGCAUGACAAAGAAAAUUCCAAACAAAUGGAAAGGAACAUGUGAAUCUGGCCAAGAAUUCAAUACCUCUAUGUGUAACUUCAAAUUGAUUGGAGCUAGGUAUUUCAACAAAGGUGUGAUUGCUUCAAAUCCAAAUGUUACAUCAAUCUACAUGAACUCGGCUAGAGAUAUAGUAGGACAUGGAACUCACACAUCAUCAACUGUUGCAGGUAACUAUGUUAACGGCGCUUCUUAUUUUGGUUAUGCUAAAGGAGUAGCAAGAGGCAUUGCACCAAAAGCUAGGCUUGCUAUGUACAAAGUGAUUUGGGAAGAGGGUCUUUUGGCUUCUGAUGUUUUGGCCGGAAUGGACCAAGCAAUUAUUGAUGGUGUUGAUGUGAUUUCAAUUUCAAUGGGAUUUGAUGAUGCUCCACUUUAUGAAGAUCCUAUAGCAAUAGCUUCAUUUGCAGCUAUGGAAAAAGGGAUUGUUGUUUCAUCUUCAGCAGGUAAUGCAGGACCUGACCUUGGAACCUUGCACAAUGGUAUCCCCUGGCUCAUUACUGUUGCUGCAGGCACAGUUGAUAGAACUUUUGGCACUCUUGUUUUGGGAAAUGGUCAAAACAUUAUAGGCUGGACUUUGUUUCCAUCAAAUGCUACUAUAGUUGAAAAUCUUCCACUUGUUCACAAUAACACUUUAUCUUCAUGCAACUCAAUGAAACUCUUAUCUCAACUUUACAAACAAGCUAUCAUUCUUUGUGAUGAUGACUCAAUAUCAAAUCCAAGAUCAGUGUUUGACCAAAUCAAUCUUGUUGCAGAAACAGGUGUGUUAGGAGCAAUUUUUGUCUCAGAUAAUCCUGAUUUAAUUGAUUUAGGAAAUGUUUACUCUCCAAUUAUUGUAAUCAAGCCAAAAGAUGCACAAUCUGUGAUCAAAUAUGCAAAAAGUAACAAAAAUCCAACAGCAAGCAUUAAGUUUCAACAAACAUUUGUUGGAAUAAAUCCAGCACCAGCUGCAGCACAUUACUCAUCAAGAGGUCCUUCACAUUACUUUCCAUGGAUUUUGAAACCUGACAUAAUGGCACCUGGCUCUAGAGUUCUUGCAGCUUAUAUUCCUACUAAACCAUCAGCUAGAAUCGGCACAAAUGUGUUCUUAUCAAAUGACUACAAUUUCAUGUCAGGAACAUCCAUGGCUUGUCCUCAUGCUUCAGGUGUUGCUGCUCUUCUCAAAUCAACACAUCCCAAAUGGAGUGCGGCUGCUAUAAGAUCUGCAUUAGUAACCACAGCUAAUCCUAUGGAUAAUACGCAAAAUCCUAUACGGGAUAAUGCGUACCCUUCUCAAUAUGCUUCUCCGCUAGCUAUUGGUGCGGGUGAGAUUGAUCCUAAUAGAGCAAUGAAUCCAGGUUUGAUAUAUGAUGCUACACCACAAGACUAUGUUAAUCUUCUUUGUGCGUUGAAGUACACGAAGACGCAAAUUUUAACAAUUACAAGAUCAAGUUCUUAUGAUUGUGAAAACCCUUCUUUUGAUCUUAAUUACCCUUCAUUUAUAGCAUUAUAUAGCAAUAAAACAACAUCAAUGGUUCACAAAUUUAAGAGAACUGUUACCAAUGUUGGAAAUGGUGCUGCUACAUAUAAAGCUAAAGUGAUACAACCCAAAGGUUGUGUGGUGACGGUGUCACCUGAUAUAUUAGAUUUCAGUUAUAGAAAUGAGAAACAAAGUUACUACAUUAACAUAAACAUAAAGUAUGUUGUGUACAAGAAGAAAAGAGUUUCAUUUGGGGAUCUUGUUUGGAUUGAAGAUGGUGGAACACACACUGUUAGAAGUCCUAUUGUAGUGGCACCAAGAGGAAUUAUAGGAUUUUAAGUUGUUUUGUUCUUGUCAUCAAAUAAACAUGCACUUUUUUGUAAUUUCAUAUGAACUUUCGUUUUAAGUUUCCUUGCGAGUUAAGGCACAUGUAAUCCUCUUAAAACACACUCUUUGUUGUUUAUUUUCAUAAUUGAUUUUACAUUCA